GUCAGUUCGAAACGCGGCACACAAGAAUCAGCUGUUCUUACGUUACGCGCCCGAGUACAUAUCGGAUUCUUCUACCGGAUAAAGAGUUAAUAUUAAAUAUAUUCUUAAGUCAGGCAAAUUGCUCAAUAUGGACGAAAAAGUCGCAUUUGCGACCAAACACUUUCUGCUAAAGUACGCCAAUGGGGUCUUCUCGGCUGUCACCGACGGUCGUGCGCUUCUUUCAUGCUUCUUUGUUAUCGCAACACAGAUUUCACGGGGCGAGUCUUCUGUGUUCUAUACGCGCGCGCCUAUCUCGUGUCUACGUGUGGACGUUGCCUCCGCACGUUGCCCAAAUCAAACGGGACUACAGCACUGGCUGUCCGAUCGCUAUCGUCAGCCAGUGUACGUACGCGGCCGUGACAACGUCGGUGCAGGCCGAAAGGCGAGGAAAGAACCGCAGUGGCGCUUAUUGUUAGUCGGACCGCAGUCCACGUCGACGGCGGUUGAUACUGUGCACGCUCGGGAGUCUCUUCGCGACCGCAGCGAAACCUGGACGCGUCGGACGAUGAAAGGCACGAUUGACGAGAAUCAAGAGACCGACGUGUCCGCGCUGUGCAUCGAUGUAUCCAGGGUGAAAUCGCUGGCCAGCGAAUCACGGAAGUCCGAAUGUAACAAUGUACACGAUACCGAUCCCGGUGGAUGGACCCCGUUGCUGGUGCUGGGGGGUGCCAUUUGCUGCCUGGGGUCAGCAUUACCAGCAGGAUAUAACAUAGGCGUCAUGAACAAUCCUGCUCAUCUUAUGCAAUCGUUCUGCAACGAUAGUGUCAGGGAAAGAUAUAACGUACAGUUGUCCAGCUAUGAGCUUCAGAUACUCUGGUCCACCAUAGUAUCGGUCUUUCUUGUCGGAGGUGUGACUGGAUCCUUAAUCGCUAGCUGGCUGAGCGACAGAUUCGGGCGGAAAGGCGCGCUGAGCGUUGGAAAUGUUUGCGGGAUCCUGGGAGCCGUUCUGUUCCUCCUUGUGCGAACCGUUAACUCGAUCGAGCUUUUCCUGAUCGGCCGAGUGAUCGUCGGACUUUCCGGCGGCCUAGCGACUGCUCUGCUCCCGAUGUACAUGACAGAAAUAGCGCCUUUAAAAUUGAGAGGUGCCGUCGGGGUCUUGUGUCAAUUGGGCAUCACCUGCGGCGUGCUGCUGGGCCAGAUCGCCGGGCUCAACACUGUCCUGGGCACUCCAGAAUCCUGGCACAUAAUGCUAGCAUCUUUCUUACCGCUGUGCGUCAUUGCAUUGGUACUGACCAUCGCUUUGCCAGAGAGUCCGAAGUAUCUAUACAUAACUAGAAGAGAACAGGGAAAGGCUCUUAAAGAACUCAGUCGUUUGCGCAACAUGGACAUAAUGCUCCUGCAGAACGAGAUCGCUAGCCUGCGAGAGGAACUAGCGAUGAGAUCGACAAGCGACACGUGGAACAUUAAGCGUGUGUUGAGAGACCCGGCCGUGAGACUGCCUCUCUUCUUAGUGUGCCUCAUGCAAUUCGGUCAGCAACUCUCUGGCAUUAACGCGGUUUUUUACUACUCGAACACGAUAUUUCUCGGGGCCGGCCUGGGAAUUACCGGUGCUCAAUACGCGACUCUAGCCACCGGUGUCGCAAACAUCGGGAUGGCAGUUAUCUCCGUGCCGAUAAUGUCGUUAUUCAGCAGAAGAAAAGUACUGUUCCUGAGCUGUUACUUAUGCGUAGGGUGCCUUAUCGUCCUAUGCAUCUCCAUCGCGCUAAUCCACACAGCCUCGUUCAUGCCAUGGCUCUGCACCAUCGCGGUGCUGGCGUACGUUACAUUUUACGGCAUCGGUCUCGGUCCAAUACCGUUCUUCAUCGGCUCCGAGCUCUUCGACGUCGGUCCGAGACCAGCCGCUAUGUCAUUAGGUAGUGUGUUCAAUUGGGGAGGGAACUUCAUCGUCGGGAUGGUAUUCCCCUCGUUACAGGCUGCGAUCGGCCCGUACGUCUUCCUGAUCUUCGCCGGGAGCACCCUGUUCUUGGUGCAGAUCAAUCAAAUCUAUUUGCCUGAAACGCGAGGUCGCAGCACGACGGAUAUAGCGGCAGCCAUGACACAAGGUUUUAAAUCAAGACCGAAUGCAAUUCCCGCCGCGUAGGCCAAACGCUUGUUAAGUCUAAGAGUCUGUUUUUUUUUAUACCUGAACUGGCUGCAUUAAAACCCUCUACAUUAGGAGAGAGAUAAACUCUGAACUAGUGCAGCCGGUAAAUAUUUACCGUGCAGCCAGUUCAGGCUGUAAAGAACAGACCCUAGGUACUUUUGCCUCCUCAUAGAGGAAGCUUCGUUUUUUGUAUGGAUUUUUAAUGAAAUCAAAUCGUUGCCACACUCGUACGCGAGUGACAUUUCGCGCGUUGCUCACAACGCGAUUUCACGCGAUCGCGCGGAGAAAUUUGUUAAAAAAAAGAAAAGAAAAGAUUUCUCCCGAUACGCAAGUAAUUUAUUCGAGCGAGUGCACUAUGUGAAUUUUUUAUAUACUAUUUGUAUACAGUUUAUCGCGUAAACAUCGGAAACAAUGACGUAAGAAUGGUAUCUCGUACACGCGAGUGAAGCGCGCGCGGCGGCUAAGAUUUUUACAUUUAUACAGUAUCUUAAUGUAACGUCCGUAAUUCUAAAGUUUAUAUUCUUAAGGAGCGACCACUGCCAAUACGUAUUAACGUAUCUUACGUAUCAAUUUAUUCCGAAUAGAAUUGCAAUACUUAAUGUUCAACGUUCUUGAAAAAAAAUCUUACAAAAUUUUCGCUGCGCAUACACAUAUACCUAGAGUAAAUAUUAAUAUAAUUGCAACUAGCG